AUGAGCAGCCACAAACAAAAACUCGAAAAAGUUGAGAUCUGGGCUGAACAGAUGACGGAAGGAAGAGACGCAUCCCACGCUAUAGAGCAUUUUCGCAGAGUCCGGGAGUACACUCAACAAAUUCUUGCUGGACUUGAGAAUGACGUAGCCGAUAUUGGCGAAGUCGAUGGAUUCCUCGUGGCAGAGACGGCUGCCCUCGUCCACGACGUCUUCGAUCACAAGUACGUAAGCGAUAACGCAAGUGGCCUCGAUAAAAUGAAAGAAUUUCUGAAGUCAGUUGAACUGACAGAAAAGGAAAUCGAUUGGGUUAUAGAAAUAUGCGAGAAUGUUUCUUUUUCGAAAGAAAAGAAAGGAAAACUGAAUAAAGAUUUGCCAAAGCACGUGAUGCUUUUGAGAAACAUCGUUUCUGACGCUGACAAGCUCGACGCUAUAGGAUACGAUGGGAUUGAGCGAUGCCGAAUGUACACGCGUCAUCGCAAUCCAACUGGAACAGAGGAAGAGCACGAGCGCAAUGUUGUCGAACACAUGCACGACAAGCUCUUUCGCCUAUUACCUUACUACAUUCGAACUAAACCAGGAAAAACUAUCGGCGCAAAGCUUCAACGUGAAAUGCUCAAGUACAUUGAAGAUAAGAUUGAAUGA